AUGAGCUACUUUUCGGGUUCCGGCGACUUGGCCGGUACAACUGCAGAGAACUACAACUUUGACUCGCACUCCAAAGAACGAAGUAAUAUUAAAAACGAAACGACAUAUCUUCAAGAUGUUCAGGAAGAUUGUUUUUAUACCGAACAAAAUACAUCGAUGCGAGGAGAUGAUACGGAUAUAAAUGCUAACAACACUAGUGAAGAUAAACAACCAAACUACUUUCAAGACUCUCAUCAUAUUUCCAUGCACGAACCAUCUACCACAGAGUUAGUGCCGUUGACCAUUUAUCCUACAGAAACGGACUUACAAAAUAAUGGCGUUGUGCAUACGGGUGACGUUAGUAGCAACACUGUUACAUCGUUGGGGUCUCCUGAGGAACGGUCACCAGCGUCUACUGACCAACAGCAGCCACAGCAGCCGGCUGCUACGACUUUGCCCUCAAAACCUCCGUAUUCGUACGUAGCUUUAAUCUCUAUGGCCAUUGAACAUUCGCCGUAUAAACGAGUUACGUUAUCUGAAAUUUAUAAGUACAUCACGGCUAAGUUUCCAUACUUCGAGAAAAACAAAAAAGGUUGGCAAAAUUCGAUAAGACAUAAUUUGUCGUUAAACGAGUGUUUUGUCAAGAUACCUAGGGAUGGCGGCGGUGAUAGAAAAGGCAACUACUGGACUUUAGAUCCAAAAUACGAUAACAUGUUUGAAAAUGGGAACUAUAGAAGACGUCGAAGAAUGAAAAGACCAUAUAGAACAACACCUUAUAGUAGACCUGGGACGUAUUUUGGACCAGAUUAUAGUAGAGGCAUCUUAGGAUCACAUCCUACAAAUUUUGGUUCAAAUCCAAAUGUAACACCGAGAUUUGACCACAGUAAUAGUUGGCCAAUAUCACCUUAUUCGGCAGUUCCUCAAACGCAUCAAUUGCAUUUUCCUCUAUCAUCUCAAUUGCAACCAGUGCAAUCUGUUCAGAUCUCAUCAAUGAAUCAUUCAAAUUACAAUCAUUUACCAACCACUAUGGCAAGCCAAAGUAUGACUUUUGGUGGGACAUAUCCACAAUGUCAACGGCGUCAACAACAAGAGGUAUUACCAGAUACUACUCUUCAGUAUUCUUAUUGGGCCACAUCAACAUCUUCUCCAGAUAAUAUGAUUUCAGUGAAAGAUGAACAUUUGAAUCUAUUGGAAAAAACACAAGAUACACUGAACCUUGAACAUUUUGAGGUACAACCCCCAAAUGUAGAUUUUGAAGUUACAGAUUCACGACAAAAAUGUUAUUUAUGA